GCGCCUUUUGGUCCCUCGCGGGUUCCCGUCCCCUCCCCUCCCACUACACGGCUUCCUGUGCAAACACACGUGGAUUCCACUGACGCCAGCCACAAACAACAAUAACAUGGCAAGCCACGGCCUGACCUACGACGGCUGCAAUUUCUUCAGACAGCGGCUGGUGCUGUCCACGUUGACCGGGAAGCGCGUGAAGAUAAGAAACAUCCGCUCCAAGGAGGACGAGCCGGGGCUCCGCGAUUUUGAGGCCAGCUUCAUCAGACUGUUAGACAAAGUGACCAAUGGCUCCAGGAUAGAGAUAAACCAAACAGGUACUGUGCUGUUCUACCAGCCCGGCCUGUUGUACGGAGGCUCCGUGGAACAUGACUGUAAUCCGCAGCGGUCCAUUGGAUAUUACCUGGAGGCGCUGCUCAUGCUGGCUCCGUUCAUGAAGACGUCUCUGAAAGCAACUUUGAGAGGAGUCACCAAUGACCCCACAGACCCAACGGUAGACCUGCUGAAAUCCACUGCCCUCCCUCUUUUGAAGAAGUUUGGGAUUGAUGGAGAGGGGCUGGAUCUCAAGGUGGUGAAGAGAGGAAUGGCACCUGGUGGGGGUGGAGAAGUGGCUUUCACAUGUCCUGUCCGCAGGACGAUCAACCCCAUCCAACUGACUGAUCCAGGCAAGAUCAAGAGGAUCAGGGGCGUGGCAUAUUCUGCUCGAGUUUCCCCUCAGAUGGCCAACAGGAUCGUGGACUCAGCCAGAGGGAUCCUCAACCAGUUACUCCCCGACAUAUACAUCUAUACAGACCACAUGAAGGGAGCCAACUCUGGAAAGUCUCCAGGUUUCGGCCUGACUCUGGUAGCAGAGACGCUGAACGGCUGCUUCCUCAGUGCAGAGAUGUCGUCCACCCCGCAGGGACAAGGGGAACCCAUGCUGCCAGAGGACCUCGGCGCCAACUGUGCCAAGCUGCUUUUGCAGGAGAUACAUCGGGGCGGCUGCGUGGAUUCGACCAAUCAGAGCCUGGCACUCCUCCUGAUGACCCUUGGCCAGCAGGAUGUGUCGAAGGUUUUGCUCGGACCCCUUUCCCCUUACACGAUCGAGUUCCUGAGACACAUUCGAGACUUUUUCCAGAUUAUGUUUAAGCUUGAGGUCCAGAAGCCUCUAGAAGACGAGAGGAAAGGAGGAGACAAAGUUCUGGUGACCUGUGUCGGAGCUGGAUACAGCAACAUCAACAAGACUCUGAAAUAAAGUUUUUAUAUGUA